AUGAACAAGGAUACUUUGUCAAGCAUGGAGCCUUCUAAACCCCAGACAUUCAAUCAUCCCUAUACACCGUACGACAUUCAGGUUCGGUUCAUGCAGUCGUUGUAUGAAUGUCUUGAAGAGGGUAAAGUUGCUAUAUUCGAGUCGCCUACUGGUAGCGGCCCCCGCCUUCAGAUUAUUGAGCUUUCAUGUACUGACUGGACCAGGAACCGUGAUGACGAUGAGCCCGAGUGGAUGGUGGAAUUCGCGAAGCGCGAGGCAAGCCGUGCCGUUACUGAGAAGCGAAUAGAGUUCGAAUCGCGAUUGGCAAGGAUUAAACGAGAGGAAGAGCAACAGAGGGCAGCACUCGAGAGUUCAGAGGGUUCUAGAAAGCGACAGAGGGUUAGCGUCGUGUCGAGGGAUCAAGAUACUGAAGAUGAUGACCAAUUUGCUCUGGACGAUUACGAUAGCGAGAACGACGAGCCUAGUUCUAUUCCCAGAGGCUCUGCUACUGCAACUGGGCUCUCUUCGAGCACUCUUGAACUAUUGGAGCGUCUAAGAAAGUAUGGUUCGAAGAUUAAGCCUGAAGAAGACGAUGAAAAUGACAUCAAAAUAUUCUAUUGCUCGAGGACGCACUCGCAGCUGAUGCAAUUUGCCAGCGAGCUGAGGCGCGUCACGAUGCCAUCGACCUUACCGGAAAGCUUAAGGCAAGGUCUUACUGACGAAGAGGAGCAAGGAGAACGCAUCAAACAUAUCUCACUUGGGUCUCGGAAAAACUUGUGUAUCAAUUCUAGGGUGGCUGCUUUGGGCAAUCCAACGGCAAUUAAUGAACGUUGCCUGGAAUUACAGCAACCGAACACACCAGCACCGCUUCGGUGUUCAUAUUUGCCAACGGAAGAGGAUGAAGCGAAGACUUUGUCCUUUCGAGACCAUGCUUUAGCAACCGUGAAAGACAUCGAGGACCUGGGAAAACUUGGUAAAAAGCUGGGGCUAUGCCCUUAUUACGCAUCCCGCGGAGUUGUCAGCCAUAGUGAGAGGUCAGCUCGAGAUGCCCUGAAUCUCUCGAUCAAAGGCCAUGUGGUUAUUAUAGACGAGGCCCACAAUCUUAUGGAUGCGAUAUCCAACAUCCAUUCAGUAACUGUUACUCUUUCUCAGUUACGAACUUCGAUCUUCCAGUUGACUACGUAUGCUCGAAAGUUCAAAACCCGCUUGAAAGGAAAGAACCGCAAUUACAUUGCUCAAGUCAUCCGCUUGAUCAGCUCUAUAGCAGAUCAUCUCCAGUCUCUUAUAGAUAAUAAACAAGCAAGUGAAGGCUCUGUUCUCUCAUCUGACUUGAUGGCAGGGAAGGGGGCUGAUCAGAUCAAUCCGUACAAACUCUGCCGAUAUCUGAAUGAGAGCAAACUAGCAAGGAAAGUCGACGGGUAUAUUGAUUUUUCACAAAGCAAAGCGAAUGCCCAAGCUGAGCCCAAGUCUACGAUUCCUGUUCUUUUUCAUAUACAAAGCUUUCUCCUGCCAUUAAUGAAUCUUUCUUCUGAAGGGAGACUGUUCUUCACGAAAACCCCCGGGGAUAUUCAGCUUCAUUAUAUGCUUCUUGACCCAACAAAUCAUUUUCGGGAGAUCGUCGAGGAUGCGAGGGCUGUCAUACUGGCCGGAGGGACCAUGUCUCCCAUGUCUGACUACUUAAACCAUUUAUUCUCCUAUGUCCCAAAGGAUCGUCUAAAUACUUUCAGUUAUGGCCAUGUCAUUCCAUCGGAGAACCUGACUGCGCACACUCUGGCUCGGGGCGUUACAGGUUGUGAGUUUGACUUUACAUAUGCCGGUCGUGAUGCAGAGAAGAUGAUACUUGACCUCGGACGGACAUUCACUCAGUUAUGUCGUGCAAUACCAGACGGCAUUGUUGCUUUCUUCCCGAGCUACGAGUAUCUAAGCCGGGUGCUGAACAUAUGGAAGAACGCAGUUGUUCGUGAGAAUAAGCAAACGCUCUAUGAAACCGUCGAAAAAGAGAAACAAAUACUUUACGAGUCACGCGAAACGGAGCUCACAACAGAUGACCUUCUUAACAACUAUGCUAACACUAUCAAUAAAGGCAGGGGAGCAUUGCUCUUAUCCGUUGUUGGCGGCAAGUUGUCCGAGGGUAUCAACUUCUCAGACAAAUUAGGGAGAGGUGUCUUAAUCGUCGGUCUCCCGUUUCCCAAUAUACGUAGCCCGGUUUGGCAAGCCAAAAUCAAAUACAUUGAGCAAAAGGCUUACCGAAACGUCGGAUCUGGCUCCGAAGAAAGUCGGCGAUUGUCUGCCAAAGCCGCCGGGAGAGAUUUUUACGAGAAUGCUUGUAUGCGGGCUGUGAACCAAUGUAUUGGGCGAGCUAUUAGGCACCGCAACGACUAUGCGGCCAUCGUCCUUAUUGACAAGCGAUAUGGGAAAACUAGCAUCGAAGCCAAGCUGCCCGGAUGGAUCAAACAAAGCCUAGUGAAAGACUCCGCUCUUUUGCCAGCAGCGACAACGUUAGAUGGGCUUGCGUGUUUCUUCCGCAGCAAAAACCACUGCGGGUAG